GUUUUUCAAGUACGUUUUAUACUUUAUGACUUUAUGAUAUAUUUCUUACAUUACAUUACAUACAUUCUUACGCAUUUAAACCUCUCGACUUGACUCACAAAGUGCGACAGCUUCUCUCUGCUAACUCGUUAAAUCAUGAAUGAGGGUGCUAGCUGUUAGCUUGUUAGCUAGCAGAAGCUUGACACAAUACCACGUUACUGCUGAUGCCAGCUAUGUCAUGUGCUUUUAUAACUUGCAAACUAAACACGUUGUCAGCCAGACAGGCAGGGGGUGGAGUUAAGUGGAUCUUCGCCCUGGUUGGGUCGUUAGUUCUCCGUUUGAUUGCAUAAUUGUAGCCACCAGCGCUGUGUGUGUGUCAGCCACCAUCACAUUGCUCGCACUUGAACUGAGUUGCCACAGUGAGCCACCACACAGCCAAGAGCGACUCUGUGCACUGCAGUAGAUGUUGGUUGCUGCUAUGAGAGGACACUCAUUGUAGAGAAAUGAGUGCAAGGAGAAGAGGCGGGAAGCCAAACAGAGGAGGGGGGAAGUUUAACAAGCCAAGAGGUGGAGGUAGAGGUGGAGGUGGUGGUGGCGGAGGUGGAGGUAGGAAAGGAGGAGCUGGUGGCUGGGAUGACGAUGAUGAUUUCAGCGUGGAUUUUGGACCCCCUCGUCCCAGCAGACCUGCCAAAGUACGAGGCGGUGCCAGCGGGCGUGGUGGUGGUGGUGGCAGCAGGGAUGGAGGUCGAGGAAGGGAUGGAGGCCGAGGAAGGGAUGGAGGUCGAGGAAGGGGAGGUAGAGAUCGAGACAGGGACAGCAGAGGCGGUGGGAAAAGCAGCGGCAAGCCUCUCCCAAGGUCCCUUGCGAGGCCACGAACGAGCCCAAAGCCAAGUGACGGCAUCAGACCGGAGAUGAGCACCAUGCCCUUGCAGAAGCUCUUCAUGACUAAUGAAAACCAAGAGCAACUCAAGGAGCUUCUGCGGAAUCUGCAGGCCCAGGACUUUGAUGCGCCAUAUGAUGAAUCUGAUUCAGAUUAUACGGGGGGAGAAGAGAAUGAGGAGGAAUUUGAUGAGCUGGACCACCGCGACGAAGGCCAGUUUUGGGCCACUAAUGAUGAGCCUUUGGAGAAGGCAGAGAGCCCAGCAUAUGAGACAGAGUCUGAUGAUGAACGGCCCACCCCUGAACCUGUCAUCUCCUUAUUUGCCAUAGGAAAACUCUGCAGGUAUGGGUUUGACAGGGAGCGCGGCAAGAGGGCAUUGGAGUCUGGUGGAGGGGAUUUCGGGGCCACUUUGGAACAGCUCCUCCAGCAGGUUUUCAGUGAGCGCUACGGCCAGAAAGCAGUUUCCCCCGAUGGCCUUAAAGGGGUUCCUAUGGAUGAGUGUUUGAGCCAGAGGCAGGAGGAAGCUCUGGCCUUAGCUGCCAUUUUUGGUGAGCGCUUCAGCGAGCGCAUUGCCAAUACAGUCUGGUCAGUAACCCUGGACCUCUUAUUCCUCUCAGACAAUGCAGUCAAGAAUGGUAGUCAAGCUGGGAGUCGAGGUGGUGGAGAUGGAGCCGUUAACAUCCGAGAUGUCUGCCGAUUCUUUAUGAAAGGGCAAGGCUGCCGGUUUGGGAACAAAUGCAAGUUUAAGCAUGAGCUCCCCACCAAAGGGAGAUCUGGGGCUGGUUCCCCCGACCCGAACGGCCCGAGCCAGCCGGGCUUCAGCAGCUUUUCUCCACCCGAGUAUGAACUAGAGGUCCGAUUCCCCAAAGGAAACCGUUACCCUUUUCAGGCACCAAUAGUUGCCUUCAGCACCACCGACCAGUCUUUCGGGGCUGCAGGGAGGCUCAGCGUGACUGAAAGAUUGUUCGGAGAAGCGCUGGCCGCAGCAGAGGACAACGAGCCUGUUGUUUACACUCUGAUCACCCUAUGUGAAAAUGAAACUACCAUGAAUGAACUGCUAGCUGUCAGUCAUCACAAAUACAGCACACCACCGCCUGUUGUGGUGCUUCCUCCACCCCCUCUUGCUGUGGCAAAGAGUAAGAGUGUGAGGAGCAAUGCUUCUGAGGAAAGCAGGAGUAGUAAUACCAAUAGCAGCAAUCAUACCAACAGCAGAAGGACUGCUCCACCUACCAACCAGAGACCCACAGAUCUGAAAGAGACGGGAGAGGCAGAGGAGCUGGAUGAGAGGGAUGAGGACGACGAGGAUGAGGCUGUUCCAGUCGAGACUGAGAGCUACGUCAAUCUGAGGAAGAAGAUGGUGACUAAGCACAACCUGAAGAUAGACAACCUACUGAAAGAAAACGGCAAGCUGUGCCGAGAGUUUAAGAAGAAACAGUCAUCCGGGCGUUUCAGGUCCAUGUUGGAGCAGAGGAGGAAACUGCCGGCUUGGAAUGAAAAAGAAAACAUCCUUGACGUGUUAGACCGGUGCCAGGUGCUGGUUAUCAGCGGGAUGACUGGGUGUGGUAAGACCACUCAGAUCCCUCAGUUCAUUCUGGACGCCUCGUUGGACGGUCCAGCGGACCAGGUGGCCAAUAUCAUCUGUACUCAGCCACGCCGCAUCUCUGCCAUCUCCGUGGCCCAGAGAGUAGCACAGGAGCGUGCAGAGAAUCUGGGCAACUCAGUGGGCUACCAGAUCCGCUUGGAGACAGUUAGGACGUCUGCCACCAGACUGCUGUACUGCACCACCGGCGUGUUACUGAGGAGACUGGAGGGCGAGGCAGACCUCACAGGCGUCACACACGUCAUUGUGGAUGAGGUGCACGAGCGAACGGAGGAGAGCGACUUCCUGCUGUUGGUAUUAAAAGACCUGCUUAUGCAGAGGCCAGACCUGAAGAUCAUUCUAAUGAGUGCCACGCUUAAUGCCAACCUCUUCUCUGAGUAUUAUUACGACUGUCCCACUAUCCACAUACCAGGGCGUACUUUUCCUGUCGACCAGUUUUUCCUCGAAGAUGCCCUCGAUAAAACUCGCUAUGUCAUCGAGGACGGCAGCCCUUACAUGCGCUCAGGGAAACAGAAUUCGUCUUCCACAGGUGGACGAGGAAACAGAGGAGAUCAAAGGGACGUGGUGGACGACCUGGGUGAUGACAUGUGGAACUUCAUGUCUUUCUCUAAGAAGGACUUUGUCAAAGACUCCAUCCCAGACCAGCAGCUCAGCCUGCAGGAUCUCACGGUCAGAUUCAAAGAUACUAAGAAGUCUGUGCUGAAGACUAUUGCUGCUAUGGACCUGGAUAAGAUCAACAUGGACCUGGUGGAGAGCCUUCUGGAGUGGAUUGUAGAUGGAAAACACAACUACCCUGAAGGUGCAGUGCUCGUGUUUAUGCCAGGCCUGGCUGAGAUCAAGACGCUUUACGAGCAGCUCAUGUCCAACAGAAUGUUCAACAACAGGAGGGGGACCAGGUGUGUGGUGUACCCGCUCCACUCAACCUUGUCCAAUGAGGAGCAGCAGGCAGUUUUCAGCCGGCCCCCAGAGGGUGUCACAAAGAUUAUCAUCUCCACCAACAUCGCCGAGACCUCGGUAACCAUUGACGACGUGGUGUAUGUCAUCGACUCUGGCAAGAUGAAGGAGAAAAGGUACGAUGCGACUAAAAGCAUGGAGAGCCUGGAGGACUCAUGGGUUUCUCGGGCCAACGCUCUGCAGAGGAAGGGUCGAGCAGGUCGCGUGGCCUCGGGGGUCUGCUUCCACCUCUUCACCAGCCACUGCUUCGAACACCAGUUGGCUGAGCAACAGCUGCCUGAGAUCCAGAGAGUGCCUCUAGAGCAGCUCUGCCUCCGAAUCAAGAUCCUGGAUGUGUUUGCCGAGCGGAUGCUGGAGUCCGUCUUCUCUCGGCUCAUCGAGCCCCCAGCUAUGGGAAGCUUGGACGCAGCCAAGCAGCGCCUGCGGGACCUUGGAGCUCUAACUGCAGAUGAGAAACUGACCCCGCUGGGCUACCACCUGGCCUGCCUGCCCGUCGACGUGAGAAUCGGGAAACUCAUGCUGUUCGGUGCCAUCUUUCGCUGCCUCGACCCAGCACUCACCAUCGCUGCCAGUCUGGCCUUCAAAUCACCAUUUGUGUCUCCAUGGGAUAAGCGGGAAGAAGCCAAUGAAAAGAAACAGGCCUUUGCUCUGGCCAGUAGUGACCAUCUAGCUUUGUUACAGGCAUACAAGGGAUGGUGCUGUGCUGCAAAGAAUGGCCACCAGGCCGGCUACCUUUACUGCAGGGAGAACUUCCUGUCUUCGCGAGGCUUACAGGAGAUCGCCAGUCUGAAGAGGCAGUUUGCUGAGCUGCUGUCUGACAUUGGCUUCAUCAAGGAAGGACUGAGGGCCAGGACUAUAGAGCGCAUGAGCUCUAAAGGCACCGAUGGUGUUCUAGAGGCCACUGGCCCCGAGGCUAACUUGAACUCGGAAAACAUCCGGCUGAUGUCCGCCAUGCUUUGUGCCGCCCUCUACCCCAACGUGGUCCAGGUACGAUCUCCUCAGGGGAAUUACAAGAUGACCAGCAAAGGAGCGAUGAAGAUGCAGCCCAAAGCCAACGAGCUCCGCUUCAUGACCAAGGACGACGGCUGCGUCCACGUGCACCCGUCGUCCGUCAACUACACAGUUCGCCACUAUAACAGCCCCUACCUGGUUUACCACGAGAAGGUGAAGACGAGCCGUAUCUUCAUCAGGGACUGCAGCAUGGUGUCUGUCUACCCGCUUGUGCUGUUUGGAGGCGGGCAGGUCAACAUGGAGCUGCACAAGGGAGAGUUUGUCAUCUCCCUCGACGAUGGAUGGAUCCGAUUCGCUGCCGCUUCUCAUCAGGUGGCUGAGCUGGUGAAGGAGCUGCGCUGGGAGUUGGACCAGCUGCUGGAGGACAAAAUCCGGAACCCGAGCAUGGACCUGUGCAGCUGUCCCCGCGGCUCCCGCAUCAUCCACAUGAUAGUCCACCUCGUCUCUACGCAGUAGCUCUGCUACUUAACGCUCCCUUUCGACCCUUUUUUGUCACCCUCAAGGGCUUAAAUGCAUGGAGCUCUGCAGUAAAAUAAUGUUUGUCUGCUCCUGCAUCACUGCCACAAAGUGAUUUUGAUAAUGUCAUGGGGGUCAACAACCCUGCAACUGGUUCAAAUUUGUAUCACAUCUAUCACAGACAGAUCAACAGGGUACAUGCUGUACUUGAAGGGAGGUCCUCGGGUUGAAGUGCUGCUGUCACCACCUGACACUUUAUCAUAAGUAUCAGUUUACAUGAAGUACAAAGCUAUUAUUGUGUUGCUGCACUGGAGGCUUUUUAAACCAAAUUCUGCCUUCAGACAAAAAGAUAAGUCACUAUGCAGGUGAUCCACAAAAAAGCGUCUUAUUUUGACACUUAAAUUCAACAACAGAAGAGGUCUUGUUUCUUGAUGCCAUACUACUACUGUAUGUGCAGUAAAUUGGCACACGGUUGGUUGUUGAAUUCGGUGUCAUUUAAUUUGUAUAAAGUGCAUUUUUUAUUUUGGGUUGUGCGUGUCUCGCUCACAACUGAGAAGUUUCUUGGGUCCAUAUUGGAUUUCGUACACUCAAAGUGACUGCAUACUUGCUAUGGUUGUUAAUAUUUAUUUGUAUUGCAUGAUUGAGAGAUCCGAGAGCUUCUGCAUGGUAUUCGGCUGUUUUUACAUUCACUGAAUGUAUUUCAAUGUUACAGUGAUGUCAAAAACUACACUUUCACAUUGUGAAUGCAAGGGCUUUUUAAAUCAGGAGAAUUUGGUGAGAAUUGCCAAAGAAUUUGAAAGCUUAUUGUCUUAACAAGUGUUGAAUUCCACUGCACUAAAAAUAAAAAAAAAGCAAAAAUACUAGCUUGUUGUUGGCUUUUAUUUAAAUUGAAAUGUUAAAUUCUUGCCUUUUGCGCUCAUCUCUUAAGUUUUGUGUUGUAUUUGAGGGCUAACUACGUCUUGGGUGCAACAAAAGAAUUUACAGGCUUGGAGGGGCCAACCCCUUCAUUCAGUCUGAUCUGUCUCUACGACAACAGAACAUAAACAAAUGGGGUAUCGCUGUCCCAGCUGGAGCCAUUCAGUUGCCACUUACAACAGUGCCAAGUCCAGAACUGAUGGGUAAAUAAUCCCAUCAUUUUGGAAGUGACCUUGACAUCUUUCAUCAUGGUAAACCCACCAAAUCCAGGAAAUCAAAGUCACAAAGUUCUAGGCCCA